UGUGUGAUGUGCGCGAGCUUCGUAGAACUACUGUAGACUACGAUGUUGUUGGAACUUGGAAAAACGUACAGCCCAAUUUCCCUAAAAGCACAACCGAACAGAUCUUGGUGAGCGAUCACAAAAGCAAGCAGCCAAAAGCAAUGCGGUAUCUGGUACGUCUGCACUAUCUAUCCCGAGCCAACACAAAUACAAAACCGCCAAAAAGAGGUAACAAACAGAAUCCAUAAUAUCUUUUUACAAUGAGCCAUCAUCCCGUAAAACUCGAGUGCCUGGACCCUGCUACCCUCAACAAUGAUGGUGUGGCGUGGAUGUUGAUGGGAAACAGUGAAGAGGCCAUCGUGUCGUUCAAGCACGCCCUGACAGCCAUGAAGACGUCACUAGUCCGCAUACCGCAGUCUGCCGUCUCUGAUCCCCGCUCCAGUACUCUAUACUCAUCAGUGGACAUUCCCGUGUGUGUGGACAAGUACUUUCUCUAUUCUCGGGUGUGGGUGUUCCCGUCCUACGACGGGACGAUUGCGGAGCAAGAUUAUCCCCUCUUCAGCUCCAUGAUUCUAUUCAAUAUAGCUCUGGUACACCACAUCCGAGCAUUGGAGGGUAGCAACGAGCAAGCCCUUCGUGAUGCAUUAUUCUUCUACACAGUCAGCUUGCGCAUUCAGGCAUCAGUCCAGCCGUACCUACAGAAACGUGUCAUUGCGCCAAUCAAGCUGGCAGCGCUCAACAACCUCGCCAUCAUCCACUACGAGCAAGGAGAAGCCAGGAAAGCACAUGCAAUAUUAGGAGAAGCGCGGGCGCUGUUGUCUCCCUCGGUGGUUCUGGUCGAUGGUGGCGAUGACAAGUUCAACCAAGAUGACUUUGAUGGGAUCACACUGAAUGCCGUCAUGAUGAAAUGGACCUUUGCGGCACCAUGUGCUUGAGAGUUGCUACUCACACCCACUCUCGUCUAUCCUACAUGCCCUACCCACAUACACACAUGCCUACGUGUACUGCCAAUCCAUUUCUGAUGACUUGUUUGACUGCUACGGAUCAUCUGUACUGCCUGUACUCUGCAUACACUAUCUAUCUAUUUGUACAUCUAUAAUAUACAUACGUAAAAGCAAAUCAUCUUGCUGCGCU